AUGCCAGAACCCGUGCCAGAGCAAGCCUCGACUCCGAGCAUUGCGAACAACCGCUCGCAAUGGAAGGACUUUAUUGCAUCCAUCCCAGCAAUUCGCGGCGAUCCAUCCAACUUCAGCGCGCCGCCGUUCGUGCUCGACACGAAAUCGGCGGUGGAGCUGCCAGCGUAUUGGGCCGAGAGGCCUGCCGUUUUCGUCGCUCCAUCAAAGUCGGAUGAUCCGGCGGAACGCGCGGUGCUGGUGUUGAAGUGGUUCAUUGCUUCUCUUCGCAAUCAGCAGUACGCUGGUCGGCCGGCGGACCAGGGCGUCAAGAAACCGCUUAAUGCAUUUCUAGGGGAAGUGUUUCUGGCGAGCUGGAAGGAUGAUGCCGCAACCGGAAACAGUAUCGGGAUCACCAGGCUGGUGAGCGAGCAGGUCAGCCAUCAUCCGCCAGUGACGGCAUGUCGAAUCUGGAAUGAAGACCAAGGCGUCUCGGCUGAAGGUUACACCCGCCAGGAAAUCACCUUCACUAAUACCAUGAACAUCAAUCAAAUGGGCCAUGCAACAUUCCAUCUCGCCAGACACAAUGAAACGUACCUGAUCCCGCUACCAAACGUCAAGAUCAAGGGAAUCUUGACCGGCUCCUUGUACCCAGAGCUUCACGGGACAUACCGCAUCCCAAGCACGAGUGGACACAGCUCGUCCAUCGAGUUUGGAGGCACGGGGUUCAUGGCCGCAUGGGACAAGAAACAUAGCUUCAAGGCCAAAGUGUACCGCGAUGACGAAGCGGAGACCAAGCCAUUAUACACCGUCAAUGGCUAUUGGGACGGCGUCUUCACCAUCCAUGACACCCGAAAAGGGGUCGACAUCGAAACAUUCGAUGUUCGCACAGCGAAGACCACUCCUCUCACCGUCGACUCCUUGGCAGACCAAGAUCCGUGGGAGUCGCGGUUUGCGUGGCGCGCAGUACGAGAAGCCCUGGAACGAGGAGACAUGCAAGGUACAGCAGACGCCAAGUCGAAACUGGAAAGCGGCCAGCGAGAGUUCCGGAAAAGUGAUGACGGUGGGCGUAAUUGGCGCAGCCUGUUUUAUGAGGUUCGAGAUAACAAUGAUCCUGUCGCGGAGCAGUUGGCUCGCCAGAUUGGCCGGACGCUCUACCCGGCAGAGACGUUAGGCGCUUGGAAGUUCAGGCUGAACGAGUGGCGGGACGGAAAGUUCAAGAAGCCUUACCACGGGCACUUGAAGCCAGAUAAUACACAUGUGUCUGAGAGUGGGAGCGACAAGCAGGCCCCGAAUACCGCACGCGUCAUUGACAAGAUUGCUCAAGGGAACGGCACUCAACCAGCAAAUGGCAUCUCUUCUCUAGCAGGAACAGCAUCAAGAACCAACAGUAACAUGUCAGGAUUGGGCAAGAAGACCUCAUCUGAACAGGAACAAGACAGAAAGGAUGUUCUGAACGGGGCCAGCAAGAUCAGCGACGGCUCCAGCCCCAACGGUGCCGGUGCCAUGACAGUUACGGAGAAGAUGCACAUCGAAAUGUAUAUGGCGAAUGAAGACUUGCGGGUUUGA